CAGGCGGCUACCACAGCGCACUCGGCGCCCCCCGAUGGAUAUUUGAUUCUCAUGCACGCAUUCGGCCCGUUUCGCGCUUCGGACUAACCCCUGGAAAAUUGCAUCAUCCGCCGCCGUCACGUCAAACUUCGCUUUAGUACGGCUCCGAUGGCGCGCACCAAGGAACAGCUGGCGCGUGAGUCUGCAGUCACUCAGGCUGCUCAGACUCCUGACGUGUGAGCCGGAGCACAUCGUGCUGCCUGGUGCAGCUGGUUCCUUAAAAGCUGCCCGCCGCGUCCCUACUUUCUCCUCUGCGUACCCUCUGCGUACCCUCUGCGUACCCACGCCGCCGCCACUUUCGGAGCCAUGUCCAGCAUGGCGAGAGACAGCGUUCCGAAUACCUCUUUACCGGGAGAAAUCAAUAUCGCGACGAGAUGCCUCCACACGCGCCUCAACCGCCUGAUAACCUCGCGCCUCCCUCUCGCGCUUCCACCGCUGGCUACAGACUCUUCGCUAUACACAACCGGUCUCCUCCACUUCGCGCACGUCUACCUAACCUUCGAAUCGCUAUGGACCGAUCUCCUCCCUCCCAGCUCUCUGGGCUCCCCAAACUCACCGCCGACUUCGCCGCUCCUGUCUUUCCUCCUCGUCAACCCGUACUCUGAGCCCGAGCUCUUUACAUCCCCGCCCUCGCCACAAAUACUAUCGUUCCUGCAAACAUUGCGUCCGAGGGGAUUGGCACGGUCAGGGAGGCUGAAGAGGGAUCUGGAGUUUCUGACGGGCUUGCACCCGACAGACUUCGAUGUCCUAUUGGCGCAAUAUCCGGGAGACACGGUGGCUGAGUUUUGCACGCAUAUCAGGAGGAGAGUUGGGCAGAAGCCGCAUGUGCUGGUGGCAUACGCUUGGUGUUUCUACAUGGCCGUUUUCUCCGGCGGUCGUUGGAUACGGAGCGAACUACUCGGGGCGGGGCCUGAUUUCUGGACGGCGGGAACUGCGUCCAGCGGCGAGGUCGCGGAAACCAAAGAGCCAGUCCGUCUGGGAGAAAGAGGGCUGUCAUUCUGGUCCUUCCCGGGCGGCCACGAUGGCCUUGACAUCAAGGAAGCUUUCAAAGCGCGUCUGCUGGCCGCAGAGACACUCCUCACUACGGACGAGCGUAUCGAUAUCAUCGAGGAAGCUAAGACGAUCUUCACGCUCAGCACCAGCCUGGUCCAGGAACUCGACGAGAAGCUAGGCACCGAUUUCGACAAGAUGAAGCAGCUCGAAGCAGCUGCGCGACAGCAGGCAGCGAAGACGGGCGUGAAAGCAACUGUAGUCACGCCGGACAAGUCUCAGUCAGCCGUCAUGUGGCUCCGAAGACCGGAGGUCACGGGUACGGUUGUGGCAUUAGGCUGCCUGGCAUGUGUGGCUUUGCUAAGACUGGGCUACUAAGGCACACUUUCUCUUGCGGGAAGGCGUUUUGACGUACCUAGGUACUGCAUUUUAGGCGCAGGUUAGAUUUCGUCGUUUCGCAUCGAGCGAUGGGGCUGCGUACACGUAGAGGAUACCCACUAGACCAUUGCUGUUCUUUGUUAAUUCAUGGCUUUGUUCUUCA